AUGCCGCACCAGCUCCAACACUCGGUGGUCCCCCCGGGCGCCGAGCUCCAUUUCCCCCUGCCCGGCCGGAGCGGCCCGCCGGCACCCGGGCCCGGCCACAUGUCACACCAGUCCUCGCCCGGGCUGCCGGCCCCCUUGACACCGGCGCCCCCGGUCCCCGGGCCAAGCUCCCAAUACUACUAUGCCCCCGGAUUGCCGGCUCUCCCGCCGCCGCCGCCGCCGCCGCACCACCACCACCACCACCACCAUCAGCAGCAGCAACAGCAGCAGCAACAGCAGCAGCAGCAACAGCAGCAGCAGCAGCAGCAGCACCACCACCACCACCACCACCACCACUCGCAGCCGCAUGGGCACCACUCAAUCGACAGCACCUCCUCGCUGAUUGACUCGUACCACACCCCGGCCGAUGAGCGGCCCUUCUCCGCCAACAUCAUGCCUGGCCAGCCGGGCCCGCCGUCGAGUGAAGCCCUCCCCGCCGCCGAGCCGGCCACCGCGCUCUCCUAUCGCAUGAGCUGGGUCCAAACCCCGGCCCGCUACAGCAUGGCCAACCCGCCGCACCUAUUCAAUGUCAUGAUGAGCAGCUCCACCGCGGCGGCGGCCGCCGCCAGCGGCGCCACCCCAGCACCCUACCAUCCUGCCGCCGCCGGGGCCGGCGCCGCCGGCCCCAGCCUGAAUGGCUCCCCGGCCAUCGGCCCGGUGGCCGAUCCCACGGCCCUGUACAGCACCCCGGCCGAUGCGCCCUUCGCCCCGCGGCGCCAGUCGAUCUUGCCCCACCUGCCGGGCGCCGACGAUGCCCUGGCCUUCCCGGCCCCAGCCCUGCCCGGGGCGGACCCGGCCGGCCAGCCGCUGUCGGCAUCGCACCUGCCCAUGCAAUCGCCCAAUGGCCCGAUCAUGGUCCCCUCCGGGGCUGGCCGGUCGCUGGGCUUCAUCCCCCCGGCCGGGCCCACCGGCGCCGCGUCCAUGGCCGAGGCCGACCGCCUGUACAUGACCAACAUGGCCGACAACACCGGCACCACCUGGCUGGACGUCCAGGACAGCCUGAAGCGCAAGCGCCGGUCGCAUUCCUUCUCCGAGGUGCAGGACUUCCGCCGGCUGCGGCUCGAUGUCCCGCCGCUGGACACCGUGCGCAACUCGCUGCUCAUUCACCCGGAUGUCCCGGCGGCGGCGCUGCUGGUCUCCGCGCCCGGGCCCCUGGAGCCCGCCGGCCCGGCGUAUCCCCGCAUUUCCGACAUCACCAACACCUCCUCGCCCACCAUCUCGCCAGGCCCCAAUCGCCUUGGCGCCGGGCCCCAGCGGACAACCCCCCGGCCCGGGGGCGGCGGUCGCCCCGGCGGGAGCCAGCUGACGGCCGAGGAGAAGCGCGCGGCGCACUCCGCCAUGGAGCGCCGAUACCGGCGGGACUUUAAUGUCCAGCUGGCGGACCUGCGCAAUCUCCUCCCCUCGGCCUCCAGUCACCAGCACGAUGACAACAAGGCCACGGUCAUCCGCCGGACGGCCGACUAUGUGAUGGAAUUGCGCGACAUGCUGAAGACAUGCGAGGUCUACUUCAGCCGCUUGGACCCGGACUUGCAGAAGUCCUUCCGCGCGCUGCUGCACGUGUCCAAUGCGCUGGCCCAGCGCGAGGAGGUGUUCAUUCGGGUGGCCCUGCUGGCGGUGUCCAUCAUCAUCCAGCCGCCCCGGCACUCGGCCAUGCAACCGAGCGUCGAGUGCUUCCGCCAGCGCGAGGAGGCCGAAAUCUGCUCGCUUCUGAUGAUCCCCUCGCUGGCGUCGCUGACCCCCGGGCAGCUGCUGGAUCCGGAGAUGCUUUCCCGCCGGGCGACCUCCUACAAUAUGGCCCCUUGGCCGAUCGAUCGCUUCAAGAGCCUCAUCACCCUGCCGAUCAUCCCGCCAUCGGUGCAGAUGCUCCUCCACCGCGCCGCGCCGGCCCCCGGCGGGUCAUUGGCGCAGGGCCCCGGGGGGCCGCACUAUGGCCAGCAGCAGCAGAUGCAGCAGAUGCAGCAGCAUCAGCAGCAGCAGCAACAGUACUUCCAGCAGCAGCAGCAGCUUUUGCAGCGGCAACAGUUUUUGCAGCAGCAGCAACAACAACAACAGCAGCAGCAGCAGCAGCAGCAGCAGCAGCAGCAGCAGCAGCAGUUGUAUCUUCAGCAGCAGCAGCUCCUUUCUAUUGGGGUCAUGCCCCCGCCUCCGCCUCUGGUGUCGACACAUCCGAGCCAGGCCCUUGUCAGCGGCAUCCCGGCCCCCGGGGUGGUGGGCUACUCGGCCCUGCCUCUCAUGCCGCAGCCGGCCUCAGUGGCCUUGCCGCCGGAGCUGACUCUGGCCGUGGGGUCUGGCGGCCCGGGGGACAUCGGCCCGCAUGCCGCCAUGUCCACACCCUUCAUGCCGGGGGCCGACUCUCCCGGACCCUCGCCCGUGGAGGCCCAGCAGCAGCAGCAGCAGCAGCAGCAGCAGAAGCACCUAGACUACCAGGUACAGAUCAAACAGCAGCAGGAGCUCCAGCAGCAGCUCCAGCAGCAGCGGCAUCCGGCCUCGUCCAGCUCUACCGUCCCUGGGGGACUCCCGCCACCGCUGCAUCCUGCGCAGCAGCAGCAGCAGCUCCGGCCGGCGGCCGCCCCCGGCACGGCCUCUGUCUAUGCCGUGCCGCUGCAGGGACGCCCGGGGGCGCCGAUUCCCUCGCCCGGGCCGGUGACCCUCGGCUCGCGGUCCGGCUCCACCAGCAACCUGGCGAGCAUCAGCGCCCCGGGCCCGAUUUCCCCGCGGAUGGGGGACGGACAGCCGUCUCCGCGCGGGGAGCAGCCCCGCCCGGGCCCGCUGAUGGUCCCUUCGCCGGGGGCCAGCAGCGCAGCCACCACCCCCACCGGGGCCACGGCCGCCACGCAGCAGCGCUUCUUCGGUGGCCCCGGCAGCGAAGCCUCGGCCCCCGGGUCGGCCCCCUCCUCCGCGCGGGCUACCCCGCACUUUGCCCAUCCCUACCCGGCAACCGGGCCCGAGUACUUCCCCGGCGCCAGCGCCAGCGGCGGCAGCAACAAUCCCCCCAGCCGGUCCGGCUCCAGCGGGGAUGUUUCCUUCCCCCAUGUGGGCCACCUCCAUCACGCCGGCUCGCAUGAUGCCUACACGCUUCAGACCCACGGCGGCCGCGGCGGGUCCCCCGAGGCCGAUAGCCUCGCCUCGCUCAUGGCAUCCUCCUCGCCGCGCGAUCACCUGCACCACCCGGCCCCGCCGGCCGCCGGCCAGUCCACCCUCACCCAGGCGCCUUUCCAUCAGCCACCGGCGGUGCUGCCGACGCACCGGCUGCCGACCGGGCCGGCCUUCGACCCGGCCGCCCGGCGCCACUCGCAAUGCCUCGAUGUGGUGGACAUCAACCGCCUGUCGGAUUCGAUGCGGGAUUUGCAGGCGCGCGACCGCAGCGACCUGUCCAACAUCACCACCAGCACCAACUCCCCCUUCGGGCGUGGCCCCGGGCUCGGGGGCGGCCUGUUGCCGGCCAGCGGCGCCGGCAGCAUCACCGGGUCGCAUCCUUUCGUCGGCCCCGGGGCCGGACCCCCGGGCGCCGGGGGGGAUCUCCCCUCGGCCGGGCGCGGGUCGUCCGACAUCCUCGACAGCUACUCGCAGCCGUCCGGGCCGAAGAAGAUCCCAGCCUCGGUCCCCGGGCAGGGGCCAGGCUCCUCGCCCUCGCCCUCGCCUUCACCCUCCUCGUCCGGGUCUCUGUCCGGGUCCUCGUCCGGACCGCUGGGCAGCGCCUUCGCCGCCAACACGGGCUCCUACCCGGUGCCGGCCUCCUCACAUUACCAUCACAUGCACCGUAUGUCGCCCGGCGGGCCGGUCGCCGCCGCCGCCGCCGCCCCCAACCGGCAGCACGGCCUCGGCCCUGUGCCGGGGUAUGUCGCAGCCGACUCGGCCGUCGUCGGUGCGGCGGGCGCCUAUGCGCACCACGGGGCCCUCUACUCCGGGAGGGGGUUUGUCCGGCCCGGCGGCCCGGCCCCGAUGCCCUCCCUGGUUGAUGACCGUGGCGCCCUCCUGCACUUGGACGCGGAUUCCUACGCGGCAUCCUCCAUCAUCACCGGGUAUGAGGGGCCCGGGCCUUGAGGCGAUGCCUCGGAGCCGGGGGUGCCCUCCGCGGGGCCUCUUCGCGGAAUGCACGCCUCCUGUCCUUC